AUGAGGCGCUUUCUGAGCCGCAAGGGCCGCUUCUCACUGCGCCAGAGCAAGUCUGGACCUCGCGGUGCCUCCAAAGAUUUCUAUCUGUUUGUGCUCUUGCCAACUACAUUGCUGUCAUUGCUAAGUCAAACAUGUACCAUAAGGAGUUGUCAAGACAGCAGAAACAGACUGGCACCCAGGCUAUGUAUAACAGGCUUAAGUAACCAACCCAAUCCUGACUACUCUCCAGACCUGACCCUCCCGGCGACCAAUCAGAACUGGCCGGAGGAGUUUGGGUUCACUCUGGGGGGCGCGGGCCCCAGCUACAUCCUGUCUGUGAUUGAGGGCAGCAGUGCCUACCUGGCGGGCCUGCAGCCUGGGGACCAGGUGGUGGACAUCGAGGGCCAGGAGGUGUCCUCUCUCAGCACCCAGGCCUUGGUGGCCCUGGCACAGACUCUGAAGACUGUACCCCCCAGCAUCGGAGUGGUGUCACGCAUAGAACAGAUGGACAUCAACCCAGGCCCCGACGGCCGUUUCGGCUUCACCAUCGUAGGAGACUGCCCCCUCCUGGUGGAUGACUGCCUGCCCAACUCCCCGGCGGGCCGCAGCGGCCUCCGGGCCGGCGACUACGUCAUGGAGGUCAACGGGAUCCCCGUCAAGUAUCACGAAACGGCGGCGGCCAUGAUCAAGGUGGCGCAGGGGCGCCCACUGCGUCUGGGCGUGCUCAGUAUGAGACGGAGGAUCAAGCGCCUCAGCCACAGUAUGAGGGAGGUGUCACUGAGCGGGGAUAGCGUCAGGCAGGACCGUGCACACAAGGCCCUGGAGUUUAACAAGAAGGUGGAGGAGGUGCUUGGUGAUGAACCAGAUAUAAAGGAACAGCUGUUUGGUGUUCUGAAACAGUACGCAGCCGAGAGGAACGUGGAGAACCUAGCUGAAGCCCUCCCGGACAUCUUAACCAAUGAGGACCAUCAGCAGCUGAUUGACAGCGUCAGCCUGUUAAAGUCUGUUGUGUUCCCCAAGGAGCGCUUCCUGAACCACCACAGGGUGCCUGGUUGGUAG